GUGCAGUAUGAUAAAGAAAUAAAAUCUUGCUGUCAGUUAGACUUUAUGCCGAGUACGACCUUUCAUGAUGCCGCUGCGGGUGAUAACUUGAAACUGUAUAUAAAGACCUGUCCAGGCACUGCUGACAAAAAAGGUCUGACCUUUGAACUUUAAUCAUCUUAAGCAUUUGAUUUGAAACAUAUUUCCUUUGCAUUUUUUACUUUUCAUUUUAUUUCAAUUUCAAUUUUUUUUUGUCUAAAUAGAUUUAUUAAAAUGGAAAUUUCAUAUACACACUGUCUUCGUAUUAAAAUUAUCAAGGGCCAUGUGCUAUACAAUCACUUUUUAUAAUUUAACUACCCAAAGUAAAUAUGUUUUCAAAUUAGCUUUACUUAGGAUGCACAUAUUUAUAAAGAAUGUUUUCCUUAUACACUCAUUGCUAAUAUAUUUCUUUUUAGCUUUAUCAGAUGUCCCCAUACAAGGCCCGUCACUCUUUGCAACUGCAACACCCAAAAGGCUAUUCUCUCCUCUGUAUCCAUUUCAUUAUCCAAGUGACUAUGCGUACAUGUGGACCAUCUCCUCACCUGGACGACACCUUGUUUCUGUUCAGGUAAUAUUUUUACAUGUGCUGGAUAUUCUGAAACUGAUUAACUCAAUCUGUUAAUAAUAGAGACACAAGAUGAUUGUAUGUGUACUUUUAUUGUGUAAUCUUAUUUUGUUGACAGUGAACUGAAAAUACUGGAACAUGUAAAAUUUGAAUGAAAUUUCACAUAUUAUUUAUUUUUUGUAGAUUCUUGAUUGGGAUGUGGGCAUUUAUGACUAUAUAAAUUUCUAUGAUGGACCAACAUUGAACUCUGACCUUGUGCUCACCCUGACCUCUGGUGGAGUAUACAACAAGGUUAUCACAUCAACUGGGAGCAACAUGUUGAUCUACUUCAAAAGUUUCAAGUACUCUAGAGCUAAAAGAGGAUUUUUAUUGGCGUACAGAUCAGGUUAGCAAUUUUUUAUUAUUGUUAUUAAUACCUUACGUAACACUUUAUUGUUUUUGAAACUAGUAUUUAACAGGGGCAUACAGUAUUAUAUGGAUGCAACAAAGUAAUUCGUACAUGUAAAAAAGUAAUAUGUCGAUGUUACAAAGUGAUCUGUAGAUGUAAAAAAAAGUAAUAUGCAGAUACAGUAAUACAUUGCUGGUCUGCUGGAAAUAUCCACAGGUGUGAACACAUCUGUCAUACGAGAGCAGUGAAUGCAUUUUAAAAUUUCAUAAUUGUUUAGCACUUGCUUAAGAUUGAAUUAAAAUAUUAAAAUAGUUGAUUUAAGAUAAUUAUAUUGUAUUUUUAAAAGUUAAGAAUUGAAAACCAUUGAUGUGAACAGAGUUAUUGUAUUCCAAUUGACCAGGCUGUCACUAUGAAGUGACCAUCAACCUUCAGCAUGAGAUAGAGUCACCAGGGUUUGGUGUCAGUGCCUACCCAAACGUCAUGCAUUGUGAGUGGAGCUUCAACACAGAGCAUGGGAGAACACUCGGACUCAGCUUUGAAGAAUUUCAUCUUGAACUUGACAAGGAUUUUGUGGAGGUCAUUUGAUGACUCUUUGUCUCAGUGUUUGAGUGUGUGUUGUUUCAUACUUUAUUUUUUAGUUUCUUUGUGUUUUUUGUUGUUUUUUUUUUGUAUUUUCAGUAAUUUGUUUCCAUUUAUUACCAGUUGUUUAAUGAGAAGGGAAGAUUUCUUCUGUCAGUACUAGUAUGCAGAAAAACUUCUGAGAUGAUGAUAGUUGAACUGUCCUAGAGAUACUGCAGCAGAGCUUUAAAUGGGAUGACAAAGAGAAUGAGGAAAAAAGAAAACUUUAAGAUUUAAAGCCUUGAUCUCCCAUGUUUGUACAGUUUGACUGCUUCAUUCAUUAACUAGUCUGUUUUCCAUUGUAGGUCUACAAGGACUCAGACUUACCGGUGCACACUGGCCAGGGAUUCACUGGCCAGACAACUCCUUCUGCGGUCCUUUCGCAAGAUGGGAGGAUCAAACUUGUGAUGAAAACAGGAGCAACUGGGAGAAACAAGGGAUUUAAGGCCACGUUAAUUGGAGGUAAGAAAACAAAUUUACUCUUGACUUUCUCACAAAUCUGAACUCACAGUCAGCUGAUUCUUAGAAAACAAAAUGAGCUGCUUGUCCAAGCAGUUUGAACUUGAAAGAAAUGUAACAAGGGACAAAUGGACUGCAUUUAGCCAACUUAUACAAAUAAUAUGUUCUGUUAAUGGCUUAUGGCCCCUAAAAAUUGCCCUUAGCCAGCUCAUGUACAAAGGAUUGAGGAAAACCUGGAAAAGGACAACACACAAAAAAAUCAUACAAAUCAUACUAGCUUUACAACGAGCCAAGAGUGUUUGCCCCUGUGUUUCUUUGCCGUCAAAGGCUUUUGGGCUGAACAUCUGCUUUUUGUUUUGUCCUUUUUCAAGUUUUUCUCCACCUUUUACAUAUUUCUUAUUGCUUCAACCUGAACGGAGUCCUCCGCGUAUUACUCUUAGCCAGCUGACCUAGUUUCUCUACAGUAACAUUAUUUGUAGAAACAUAACAUUUUAAUUCAAGCUUUUAAAUCACAAAAGUUAUUGAAAUGUUAUUAUGUUUCUGGAAAAGAUGAUAAUAGAAAUAUAAGAGAAAAUAUUAAAGAAUAAAUUUAAUUUUUAAUACUAUUCAGGUCUAUGAUAUACCAUAAAAAAUUUUCAGCUACCUGUUGAAACAGUAAAUUGUAGCAUUCAAUAGUCUCCACUAAAAAUAUUUGAUUAAAAAUGUUUCAUGAAUUUUCCAGGUUGUGUGGCCAUUGAUGUCAGUUCUGUAGUGUUGAGUCCCAGCAUGCCUGUGUUCCUUGGUGAUGCCAGAAAUAUUAGAUGCCAGGAUGACUGGGUGUUCAAUACCCCAUAUGUAGGUGAGGAGUCUGUAAACGUCACAUGCCAGAUGAACGGACAAUGGGAUAAAGAAAUACCAAAGUGCAAAAGUGAGUUUUUUUUAAAACGCAAGUAACAUUAUCUUAAAGGUUUUUAUUUUGUUGUCUUGUAUCUAAAUUUAUUUGUUGUAAAUAUUGCAUUUUGAAAUAUAUCCUUUUUUUAUAGUUUGCACAAAACCAGAUAUUAUGACUGAAUGUUAAGGGAAUUAAUUAUCUUACUUAUUGUAAAGAAUGAAAUGAGAAUUAUUGGGUGAAAGUGAAAUAAUCCCCACAAAAUUGCUGAUAGUAAUUUUUAUACUACAGCAUUUCAAUAACAAUGUUACUUUAUUAUGAAUGAAACAUAAUGAAUAGAUUGUAUGUUAACUUGGGUGAAAAGAAAAUGUAAAAUGCAUGCAAAUUUUACUGGUCAGGUUUAAUUAUUCAUUCAUUUUUAAACAUUAAAAAAAAAUAUAUAGGCCCUACCAUUUAACAAAUAUCCAUUAAAUUUCAGGUGUGACCCCAUUUUUUGGUAAUGCCUAGUGUGGUCCACGUCUGGCACACCUCAUCUUGUGAUGCCUAGUGUGGUCCACCACUGAUUCAAUUUAUUUUAGCUCUUUAAUGAAAAUACUCUGCCAAGUGUUGUUGAAGUUAGAGAAUAGCAUUUAAAGAUAUCUGACAAGAUUAGAAAAAUUAUACUUCAGUGCAUCAUGUCAUUAAUGUCAUGCCAUUCAGCCCAUCCAAUGCCACACAGAUCACAUUGUUAAGUUCAUAUUGGUAAUUAGUUCUCUUAAUUUCUUUAAGUACACAAAGUAGCCUUUUAAGGGAAUUCACAAAGGAUGCUUAUUUUGUUUCUGAGUAUGAGCAUUUUGUUGGUAUUUGUAAACGUUGGCUAAAGCAAAUCAUUUAGAUUCAACCAAGAAUUUAUCAAUGGGGCAUUUGCAAACAAAAAUUCAUUUUUCUUUUUUACCUGCUGAUUUAUAUUACAAGCAUCUUAUUGUAAUUUUAAGCAUUUUUUUGUCUUUUUAUUUCAGAGGUCUUGUGUGGCAGAAUACCCACCAUUGUGAAUGGAUACAUAACUAAUUUGAGUAGUGUUUACUCUGGUGACAAGUUAGAGUUCCAAUGUUUCACUGGCUUCAAACCCAACUCAGAGAAAGGAUUAAGUAGAUGCCUCAAGACUGGAGAGUGGUCUCCCCCGCCACUCUGUCUUUGUAAGUCACCUCCCCUUUAUUUCUGUAUAAGCCUAAAAAAAAACUCCCAAAACCAUCCUCCUUGCCCUGACCAAUUUUCCAUUUAGUUUGGGUUAGCAUGAAGGCUAUCAGCCCUUUCUUUAGGUUUUAAAUUUUAUUGUAAUUUUAAUUUCCAUAUCCAGAAAAUUAGAUCUAAUGAAUUAAAAAUGUUGUUCUCCUAGACUCCAAUGGAGCAUCAAAAUAUUAGGCGGGAGGCACACACACAAAAAAGAAGGGAUACAAGAAAAAAACUCUAAUUUCAGCAGAUCUAAUAUUUUUGAAACCUUGUUUUGAAUCAUCUUUCAGCUGCCCAGGUCUGCCCAGCACUAGUGGCGCCAGGUUAUGGAAAUAUGACAUUACUGACUGGCAACAGCACCGAUCAUGGAUCAGUUGUUCACUUUGGUUGCUCUCUGCCUGGCUUUGAGCUGAUUGGUCCAACUGCGAUAGUCUGUUCUCAUGGGAACUGGUCAUCUCCUCCACCCUUGUGUCAAAGUGAGUCCGGGGGGGGGGGGGGGGGCACACCCCCAAAGGCUUGCUUUUUUUUUAAAAAAAAAUGCAUUUUUCUUCAAAAAAAAUAUUCACGCCAGUAUCAAUUUUAAACUCCGCUUCAGCUCAAGCAAAUAAGUGUCUUUCACAUAAUUAUGAUAUUACAAAAUUUUUAGACUGCAGAGGAUUUCUGGGCUUAAAAUGUAGGCUUUCUCUGUUAUUAUAUUUUGUUUUAAAUAAUGUAACUUUCCUCCACACACCAUUUUGAUUUCAUUUGUUAACCAGCUCUUUCUGAAAAAUCUAUGAAUGAACACGGAUUGAUGUAAAAGUGUAUAUUAUUGCUGAUUGGUUGUUACAGGAAUCAAGUGUGGUGCGCCAUACAUCCGCCAUGCGACAACCUUCCCAUCAUCCAACAUCAGUCAAGGGGAUCUCAUGACUGUCAGCUGCCACCCUGGUUUCCAGUUGGAAGGUUCCGAAACCAUUUUAUGUGGAAUUACAGACCAGUUACCAAUUUGUGAGAGUAAGUCUUUUGUCAGCAACAGCGGACAAUGAAACAUUGGGUUCCGUUACUGAUUCCUGUUUCAAAGACACAAAUAUUCUUUUAACUUUUUUUCUUUAAAUGAUUAUCUGCUAUCACAGAAAUUGAUAGGAGGGGAGGGUGUCUAUACUAGAUUAGAAAGUAGUUUAAAAGGGUUGGGUUUGUACUAAAGCAGGGUAAAACUUUUCUAGAUUCAAGAGAGAGCAGUGGAUGUUUCACCUCUGAUCCUUUCAGCAUUUUUUAUGAUUUAUAUCUCCUAAUAUUUUUCUGUCUCACAGAUAUUGAUGAGUGUGCCUCCGUUGUAUCUGCGUGUCAACAAACUUGCACAGAUAGCAUAGGUAGCUUCAGAUGUUCCUGUGGCACGGGAUACAGGCUCGCUUCUGACGGCAGGAGCUGUGAUGGUGAGACACGUUGUUUUUUUUUUAUUUGUUGAACAAUUCAUUUUGUUCAUUUAGUUGAUGCUGGUAGAUGGUCAGUGUCUGUGGAUGGUGGUCCUUGGACCAGCCCAUGUUCUUGAAGGUAAAUGGUUUCUAAACAAGUUUGGGGUCUUAAUUGGUGUCUAAUUAAUUCUGUGGUUCUGUCUGUUGUGGUAUUUGGACUUGGUGUUUGGUGUCUUGUCCUGAAUAAUGGGGAAAACAAAUUCUCAUAGAGUUAAGCUUGAACGUCCAUCGAGUUAAAUUUUCUGUCACCUUGAAUCUUUUUUUUUACUCUCUGGCAGACAUCGAUGAAUGUAGCGCCAACAACGGUCACUGUGAG